UAAGGUUAAGUGGGGAAAUAAAAGAUGGUCUUUGCUAGGUUCGUCUCCAACACCAAGUACUUACUUAAGAAGACAAAAGGAGGUUUUAGGAGAUAGAGGGGCAGACUCAAUAGUGAAGGUGUGUGCAUCGCUGUUUCGUAACAGGGAUUUAAUUACUCUCGUCCUUCUAUAAUUGCAUUACUCCUCUCCUUCUUUCUCCGUUUUCUUUCUUUUCAAAUGGAAGAAGCCAAGCAGAAGAGUGAAGGGAGUGCAAGCAAAAGAAAGUUCAAGAAGAUUUGUGUCUUUUCCGGGAGCAAGCCAGGGAACAAGGUUUCAUUCAGCCAUGCAACUCUUGAGCUCGGAAAGGUACUGGUUCAGAGGAAAGUAGACCUUGUUUAUGGAGGUGGGAGUGUAGGUUUGAUGGGAUUGAUAUCCCAAACAGUUCUUGAUGGUGGAUGCCAUGUUCUUGGGGUUAUUCCUAAAACUUUGCUGCCACAUGAGAUUUCAGGGAAAAGCAUUGGAGAAGUGAAGAUAGUCUCUGACAUGCACGAAAGGAAGUCAGAAAUGGCUAAACAUGCCGAUGCAUUCAUUGCACUUCCAGGAGGGUAUGGAACUAUGGAGGAGUUGUUAGAGAUGAUAACAUGGGCUCAGCUUGGGAUACAUGAGAAACCUGUGGGGCUGUUGAAUGUGGAUGGAUACUAUAACAACUUGUUGGCACUAUUUGACCAAGGUGUGGAGGAAGGCUUCAUUGAGGACUCAGCAAGGCACAUUGUUGUCUCAGCAGAAACUGCAGAGGAACUCAUCAUCAAAAUGGAGGAGUACGCACCAGAUCAUGACAGGGUUGCACUUGCACUGCACCCACACGAAACAGGGAAGUGGACAAAUUACUGGAAGAGUCCAAUGCAAGUGGUCACACUCAUAGUUCUUGAAUAAAACCUACUGCAUUUUGUGUCUUACGUGUACUUUGUGUGAGAAUAUAAUUCUAGAUUAUUGCUUUCUCAUUUAAUGGUGAGAGAAAUUUUUAGAUUACUCUCAUCUAUCCUUUUUUAUUUCAGAUGGUUGUUGCUAAUCAUUUUGUUGC